AACCGACUUCGGUUGGUUCAAAGACUGACGCCGAAACUAAAGAAACAGAGAUGAUCAGCCCCGCUGAGUCCCAGAUGAUAGCAACUUCCUUUUCUGUUCGCACCAGUAGUUCUGUUUUCUCAAGUGUCCAUGAGCGGCGGGAACGACCGGUUGAUUGGAUCGAUAUGCCUCUGAAUAUGUCCGGGGAAUCGACGAUCCCCCUCCCGAGUCACGUCCCCGUGGAACUUCGAAAGUCGUUAAUCUGUGUAUUGAAUGGUUAUGCAGAAGUGUUGAGCGUGCAUGACAAUGAUAUUGGGUUAACUAAUGUAAUUGAACAUGUUAUUCUCACAAGAGAUAAUCCGCCCAUUAGCUGCGCUCCCUACCGAUACUCGCCAGCUGAACGAGCGGCCGCCUUUCAGCGGAUUAAGAAGUUCGAAGUUAAUGGAUGGAUCGAACCCGCUAAAGGACUCUGGUUUUUUCCUGUAGUGAUAGUACCCAAAAAGGUUGGGGGGAUUCGCAUUUGCAUUGAUUAUCGAAAGCUGAAUGAUAUCACGAUUAAAGAUGUGUAUCCCCUCCCCCGGAUUGAUGAGUUAUUGGAUGCGAUUGGGAGUGCUCGAUUUUUCAGCAAGUUUGAUGUUCGUCAUGGAUUCCAUCAUCUUUUUGUCCAAGAGGAAGAUCGACCGAAAACAGCGUUUGUGCUUUUCGAAGGCACGUGGCAAUGGAUUCAAUGUCCGAUGGGUAUUUGCAAUGCCCCUGCAACUUUUCAGCGGACCAUGAACAUGGCUUUUCAGAAUUUCGUACGGAAGACUCGUUUGGCACAGAGCAUCAUCAACUACUGCGUGAUUGUGUACAUGGAUGACAUCCUAGUGUAUUCGAGUUCCUACGAGGGACACGUGCAGCACAUCGAAUGGGCACUGCAUGCGUUACGAGAUGCAGGUUUCAAGGUGGCGCUUGAGAAGUGUCAGUUUUUCCUCACCACCAUUUCUUUCCUGGGGCACGUGGUGACAGACAAGGGACUCCAACCGGAGCCGCAGAAGGUGGCAGCUGUCAGGGACGCGCCAGUGCCUACCACUAUCACGCAAGUUCGCGCCUUUCUGGGUCUAGCCUCGUAUUACCGAAGAUUUAUCAAGGGCUUUGCAGCGAUUGCGAGACCCCUCACAAAUCUCCUGCGCAAGGAUCAUCCGUUGAUCUGGACGCCGGAGUGCGAUCAAGCGUUUUCCAAACUCAAGGCUGCUCUCAUUUCGGCUCCGGUCCUUAUAAGACCAGAUCCCGAAAAGCCUUUUGUUCUCAUCACCGACUGGCAGCCAGAGGCGAUUUCGGCGAUCCUUGUCCAGGUGGGACCAAGCGGACUCGAGAGUGUGGUGGAGUAUGCGUCCAAAUCAGUACCUGCCUGCAAGCACAUUUACGCCGCUCCGACGGGAGAAUGCUAUGCGGCUCUCUGGGGAAUCAGUCACUUUCGUGCUUACCUGUAUGGGCGAAAGUUCACCCUGGUGACUGAUCAUGAGCCCCUGUUGGCUCUGAAGAAGUCGAAGGAUUACUCGGGCAUGAUUGGGCGAUGGGCAACGGUGCUGCAGAACAUGGACUUUGACAUCCGUCAUCGGAAGCACGAGAGACAUGGGAAUGUGGAUGAAUUGACACGACUACACCGGCCAGAGAAAGUUCCGAGGAAUGAGGAGGUGAUUCCGUGGAACGAACCCGAGCAGAAGAUUGGAGCUCGAUACAGCCAAGUGGAGAUUUUGUCGAAGCACUUCGAACUAAUAGCCUCCCCUGUGUCGAUUACCGAGGUAACUCGGAAAUUGCUGAAGCAGGGGGUAGAGACGCGUGCAGCCCUCAAGGCCAAGGCCAAAAGGUACACCGAUUUGAUGGAACGGGCCGUCCCGAGGCUAGCUCGAAAAAGGCAAAGGAUGACCGAGCUGGCCCACGGUAGACAGACUUUUGAGGAGUUGUCCUUCUGCCUAACCCGAGUACAAGUGAAGUGGACGGGCACUAUCGAGCACCCCACGUGGAUCGAGAAUCCGGAGCCGUUGAUCAUACAGGGUUGGAGGACUAACGAGGAAGGAGAUCUUAUUGGAUUCCUCUUUGGAUCGGUACGACCGGGUCGUCGUCAGUUCAUUGCACAGGAGCUCAUCGCACCAAUCGUGCACUUGGCGGGCGAUCUCUCGCCCGACAUCUACUUUCAGAGCGACAACAGUCCUGCUCCGUACAUUUUCGAGCAAUCCUUGGAUCCGUACCUUCAGUGGACUUUGUGCUUGGAGGAACCUAGGGACGAGGAUACGCUACCAUCGCGGCAAGAGUAUCUGAAGCCGUACGAGAUCAUCCCUCACGCCUUCUACCCGAGGGCAGAAGAAGUGGUGAUUGACGACGACAACGAAGAAGAAGAAGACGACGACGAGGAAACAUCGGAGGAGGGAAGCUAUAGUGAACAUAGCAAGGGCGAGUUGAGUGAGGAGGAAGAGGAAGAAGAAGGAACCGGGUCCGAGUGGGAAGCCCCGCCGGAGGAAGCGACGCGUACGGGAACGGAGGCGGAAGAUCCGGAAGCGGCGCGAAAGCGCGAACAGAUUGCCUCCGGAAAGCGCCAGCUGGAGUUCGCUUGCGAGGCUAGCCUGCGCAUCGGUAGCGAUCUGACCAGGGAUCCAGAGCCGCCGAGGCCCGAAGAUGGCGACCCUGCAGCCGCCGCCACCUCAAGUACCGCGCGACAGAGAUGGCGCCGAUCCCCCUCCUCCUCUAGCCCCACCCGUCCCCUUGUUCGCCCACGUACCAAUGCGGGCGAUAGGCCUUCGACCUCGGACGCUGCCCCGCCGACCCCUUGAUUUUCUCACCCUCGAGCAGAUUCAUACCCCCGU